AUGUCUGAAGAAAAGUUGGUGAGAAAGAUCCUAAGAUCACUACCUAAGAUAUUUGCUAUGAAGGUUACUGCUAUUGAUGAAGCCCAGGACAUCAGCAAAAUGAAGGUAGAUGAACUUAUUGGUUCCAUACAAACCUUUGAGAUGAGUAUAAGUGACAUUGUUGAAAAGAAGAACAAGAGCAUAGCUUUUAAAGCCAGACGAAAUGUCAAGAACACUCCCUCUAACAACGACAAGUCCUAUGACUCUAGUAAAAGAUCUAAACCUGAAGAGAAUUCCAAUGAAGGAAAAGGGAUUCAGUGUCAUAGAUGUGAAGGAUAUGGACACAUUAGAGCUGAAUGUCCCACCUACCUUAAGGAGAAAAUGAAAGGGCUAUCUGUCACUUGGUCUAAAGGUGAUUCUGAGAGUGAGUCUGAAGAAGAAACUGCAAAACACAUCAUAGCACUAACGAGUGUAUGUGUAUCUGAUGAUGAUUCCAGUGAAGAUGAACUAACCUUUGAUGAGCUUGCAGCCUCAUACAAAGAGCUAUGUGUCAGGAGUGCUGAAGUUUGUAAACAAGUGGAGAAACAAAAGAUACUUAUAAAGGAGUUGAAAACUGAGAAGAAAGAGCAUCUUGUAACCAUAGACUCACUCAAUGGUGAAAUUAGCAUGUUGAACUCCAAGCUAGAUCAAAUACUAUUUGGAUAUCCUAACAAUACUCAUCAAGACAAACUCAAACAAGGUACUCCUUUGAAGAAUCAACAAUGGGUGGCCAAUAGUGUUGCUCUAAUAGCUCACACCUCUCUAAAAGUAUCAGCCAAAGAAGACUGGUAUCUUGACAGUGGUUGUUCAAAAUAUAUGUCUGUAAUGAAGAACCUCUUGGUGGAUAUCAAACCUCAUUUCACUAAGUAUGUGACCCUUGGUAAUGGAGUAAAAAGGGAAAUCAUAGGUGUUGGAAAGUUAAAAGGUCUCGGUGUCCUUACAUUGAACAAUGUCUUUCUAGUAAAAGGAUUGACUGCAAAUCUUAUUAGUAUCAGUCAACUAUGUGAUCAAGGGUUCAAUAUCAGAUUCACUUAA